AUGCCACGAAGCCGCACCACAGAACCAGACUGGCCAUCGUCAACUUCCCAAAAUGGCGAAGACAUACCAUCGUCCCUUUGGAAGAUCGCGCCCAUCCCCGGGAAAGGACUCGGUCUCAUCGCUACACGGGACAUCACCCCUGGCACUCUCCUCUUAAGCGAAGUCCCCCUGUUAACCACUGAAGGCGUAACAACCAUCGACCUCGAAGUCGCCGAGACGCAACUCCGCAAAAAGUUUUCCUCACUCUCACCAUCUUCACAGAAGGUUUUCAUGGCCUUGUACAACAACUACCCUGAUGACAAACCUUUGAGCGGGAUCGUGAGAUCAAAUGGCUACCCCUUGACGGUCUCGAGAAUUAAUCACAGCUGUUGUCCGAAUGUGGUGCAAGCUUGGAAUCCACUUGUGGAGAAGGAGACCGUGUUUGCUGUACGAACUAUUCCCGCCGGGACGGAGAUAUGCACUGCUUACCAUGUCGGCGGGCCCUCUUCUGAACGCCAGAAGAUUUUGAAGACGUAUUUUGGGUUUGACUGUACUUGUGCUCUGUGCUCGCUGCCUGAGGAGAAGUUGAAAACGAGUGAUGAGAGGAUGAUUGAAGCAGAGGAAUUGGACGAGAUGAUUGGUGACUCGAAGAAAGUCCGCUUUCACGCAGAUGAAGUCUUAGCUUGUUGUCAUCGGUUGUCUAAAAUUUAUGAAGAGGAAGGGUUGAAGGAUGAUAGGUUAUCGAGAUUGUAUUUCGACUGCUUUCAGGUUUGUAAUAUGCAUGGGGAUCUUGCGAGAGCGAGGGUGUUUGCGAGGCAGUAUUGUUCGGCGAAGAAGAUGGCUGCAGGAGAUGAUUGUAUCGCAUACUUGGAGAUGAAGCCGUUUGUUAAGAAUCCGCAGAAGCAUGAUAGCUUUGGGGUUACGGGGAAGUGGAAGACGAGGGCAGAGAGCGUGCCGAAGGGGUUGGGGAGAAUAGAGUUUGAGAGGUGGCUUUGGAGGGAGGAGGCUUGAAGGGCUCGUUGUCUUUAAGGAGUUUGGAGCUGGUAGAUUAUGUAUUCUGGCUUAUCUUGAUAUUUGAGGGGCUUGAGGUGCUGUUUUGAUCUGUUGAACGUGCCAGGAUGGUAUCGUACAGUACAAUCAUUAGAUGGAGUCAAACAUUUUCUCGGAUUGGAAUAGGACGACCUGUCAGUUCACAAUCGUAAUGUUUCAGAAUGGCGUGGUUCAAUUCUCAUCUGAAUUUGCCAUAUAGAGUGAGGUUGGUCUAGUGUAAUCCUCAAUUGUGGAUUCACGACGUGC